UUCAGGGCUCCCAGAGAGACACAGUCCCUGCAUUUGACUUGUUCUUCUCCCUCUGCACGACACACCCACACACACACAAGCAUGCAUGCAUGCAUGCAUUCCCUCCCUGGUCCAUCUGGACCCUCAACCUCUGCGUAUGCUCUUCAGUCUGCCAGGAUCACUCUUCCCUUUCACUUGGCUAACGCCUCCUUGACACUUUAAAACUGACCAUAGUGGUCCCCUCCUCCAGGAAGCCUUCCCUGACUCACUUCCUCCUAGAGGCUUGAUCAGGGCUUCCCCUGGCCUCCCUCCCAGCUCUCCUUGGUUCCUGAUCCAUCAUCUGUCUUCCUCACUAAACUGAAGCACCAUGAAGGCAGAGACCAUCAUAUCUCGGCAAGAGGAAGUUUUGAAUGGUGGAGCCUGCAAAUGGGUGGGUUGGGGGGCACUGGAACCCCCAGGAGAGCUUCCUUCUGUUCCCCCAGGUACCCAAGGGCAGGAGUUGCAGCUGCGAGUGGAGCCGCAGAACCCAGUGGUGCCUGCCGGAGAGUCCCUCUUGGUAAAUUGCAGUACAGAUUGCCCCAGCGCUGGACUCAUCUUCCUGGAGACGUCCCUACUCAAGGAGUCGGUGGGCCGUGGCCUGGGCUGGGCAGCCUUCCAACUCAGCAAUGUGACUGGUGACACCCAGCUCCUCUGCUCUGGCUUCUGCAAUGGCUCCCAGAUGAUAGGCUUCUCUAACAUCACAGUGUACCGGUUCCCGGAACGCGUGGAGCUGGCCCCCCUGCCCCACUGGCAGCCCGUGGGCGAGAACCUCAUCCUGCGCUGCAUGGUGUCCGGUGGGGCCCCCCGGGACCACCUCACCGUGGUGCUGCUUCGUGUGGAGGAGGAGCUGGGCCGUCAGCCAGCGGGAGACGGGGAGCCUGCCGAGGUCACGGUCACGGUGCUGGCGAGCAGAGAGGACCAUGGCGCCAAUUUCUCUUGCCGCACGGAGCUGGACCUGCGGUCCCAAGGGCUGGGACUGUUCCAGAACAGCUCGGCCCCCAGGAAGCUCCGAACCUUUGCCAUGCCCAUGACGCCCCCGCGCCUCGUUGUCCCCCGGUUCUCGGAGGUGGAAACGUCGUGGCCCGUUGACUGCACCCUGGAUGGGCUCUUCCCAGCAUCGGAGGCCCAGGUGCAACUGGCGCUGGGGGACCAGAUGCUGAAUGCCACAGUCGUGAGCCACGGUGACACACUCACGGCCACAGCCACAGCGAAAGCAGAGCAGGAGAGCACUCAGGAGAUUGUCUGCAACGUGACCUUGGGGGGCGAGAGCCGCGAGACCCGGGAGAACGUGAAGGCCUAUAGCUUCCAGGGGCCCAACCUGACCCUGAGAGAACCUAACGCCACCGAGGGGACCACAGUAACUGUGACUUGCGCGGCCGGACCCCGAGUCCGGGUCACGCUGGACGGAGUUCCAGCCGCGGCACCGGGACAGCCUGCCCACCUUCAGCUAAACGCCACUGCGAAGGACGACAGGCGCACCUUCUUCUGCAAUGCCACCCUCGAGGUGCAUGGGGUGAUCUUGCACCGUAACAGGAGCGUCCAGUUGCGUGUCCUGUACGGCCCCAAGAUUGACCGAGCUAAAUGUCCCCAGCGCUUGACGUGGAAAGACAGGACUAUGCAUAUCCUGCAGUGCCAGGCCCGGGGCAACCCAAACCCCAAACUACAGUGUCUGCAGGAAGCCUCCAAGUUCAAGGUGCCCGUCGGCAUCCCAUUCCUCGUCAGGUUAAACUAUAGUGGCACUUACAAUUGCCAAGCGACAAGCUCACGGGGCACGGACGUUCUGACAGUGAUGAUGGACGUUCAGGGUCGGAACCCCAUCGCCAUCACCAUUGUCCUGGGGGUGUUAACGAUCUUGGGCGUGGUGAUCCUCGCUGCGGCCUCAGUGUACGUCUUUGGGGUGCAGAAGCGGCGUGACAUCUACCAUGUGAGGCAAAGCAGCACCCGGUUGCCCCUCGCGCCUCAACAGCCCGACGAGGCUGUGGCAGUGGAGUUAUCCUGAGCAUCAGAGUGCCAUGAUACUGGGCAAAGUGCCGUGAUACUGGGCAAAGACGACGGAGGUUUGGCUGCAUCCCCGAAUUCCGCACUAAUAAAGGCUUUAAAAUCUG